UGUCGAGCAGCGUUAAGGUGUUCGCUGUGAGCCCGCAGCAUGCACUGAGCCCAAAGACUGCACAUGUGCUGCUGUUCUGCCGCUAAGCACACUGCGCCACGCCGCUGUGGCAGGAAGCGCAGCUGCUGAUGGAGCACAUCCGACUACCAAAGGUGGAGAACGUCAAGCUGCUGGAUAAGGUGUCUCCCAGGAGGAGGAGCAGGGUGGGGGUCCUGUACCUGACAGCCACCCACAGCAUCUUUGUGGAGAGCGAGGUUGGGGGGCGCAACGAAACCUGGGUGCUUCACAGUUUGGUGUGCAGUGUGGAGAAACAGGCCUCCACUGAGUCAGGCUGUCCUCUGAUCGUUCGCUGUAAGAACUUCCAGGUUCUUCACUUCAGCAUUCCCAGAGAUCCAGACUGCCACGAUGUCUACCUGUCUCUGCAGCGUCUCUCCCAGCCAGAGCGUUAUGAGGAGCUGUACUGCUUCUCCUAUCAGCCGAACGCUGAAGAAGACGUCAGACGACAGGAAUGGGCCUUCUUCGACUUCAAGGCUGAUUACAGCAGGAUGGGGCUUCCCAACGCUCAGUGGAAACUGUCUCCCAUCAACCAAAACUACAAGGUGAGCAACUCUUACCCCUCCGACCUGUUUGUACCCGAGUCUGCUACUCCUCCAGUCAUCGUGGGCAGCUCCAAGUUCAGAAGCAGAGGCAGAUUUCCUGCCCUGUCAUACUACUGUAAAAAAAAUCACGCUGCCAUCUGCCGCAGCAGCCAGCCGCUGUCAGGUUUCAGUGCUCGCUGCCUGGAGGACGAGCAGAUGCUGGAGGCCAUCUUAAGGUCCAAUCCCCGCAGCGACUUCAUGUAUGUGGUGGACACCAGGCCUAAGCUGAACGCCAUUGCAAACCGAGCUGCAGGAAAAGGCUAUGAGAACGAAGACAACUACUCCAACAUCAAAUUCCAGUUUAUGAGCAUCGAGAACAUUCAUGUAAUGAGAAACAGCCAGCAGAAAAUGUUGGAAGUGUGCGAGCUGCGGUCCCCCUCCAUGUCCGACUUCCUGGAGGGUUUGGAGAGCUCAGGCUGGCUGAGGCACAUCAAAGCUAUUGUGGAUGCAGGCGUCUUCAUCGCCAAGGCCGUUGCAGAGGAAGGUGUGAGUGUCCUGGUUCAUUGUUCGGAUGGGUGGGAUCGGACUGCCCAGGUGUGUUCUGUGGCCUGUGUGCUGCUGGAUCCUUUCUACAGGACCCUCAAAGGACUCAUGGUGCUCAUCGAGAAGGACUGGGUUUCAUUUGGACACAAAUUCUCUUACAGAUGCAAUCACUUGAUUGGAGACCCCAAAGAGGCAUCCCCCAUCGUGGAUCAGUUCCUGGAGUGUGUGUGGCAGCUGAUGGAGCAGCUCCCCUGUGCCUUCCAAUACAACGAGAGGUUCCUCAUCGCCAUACACAGCCACAUCUACUCCUGCCAAUACGGCAACUUCAUCGGCAACAGCCAGCGGGAGAGGACAGAGCUGAGAGUGCAAGAGAGGACCCACUCCUUGUGGAGUUAUCUGUGGACAAACCGUGCUGACUUCACCAACCCACUGUACAGACCAGACCACAGCCAGACUCAAGGGCUCCUUAGACCCUCUACUUCCCCCUACUGUUUCAAGUUUUGGAAAGGGCUGUACAACCGCUUCGACCAUGGGAUGCAUCCUCGUCAAUCUGUGGUGGAUUACCUGAAGGCCAUCCAGGAGGAGACACAGCAGCUGGAGGAUCAGCUGGCCUCACACAAGCAGAAAAUCUCUCAGCUGGAGCAGGAGCAGAAGUGGGGUGUUACCUGGGCACCAGCGGCCUUCGAUAGGAGCCCUACAAUUUGGGCUCUGAGUACCGACCUGGCUCUGGUCAACACUCCCCAGGACUACACUGGGGGCUUCAUCACCAGCAGCCCCCACACACCCAAAGCUCCAGACCACAACCUGAUCUCCCCGCCACAGGAUUCGAACAAAACAGGCGACUCCAUCUUCUCCAACGGCAGCGACCAGGAGUCCGGAAUUGCUGACCUGAGCUGUCGCUCGCCUCUCAGUGAGGACAGUACCAAGGAUCCAGACUCCGAUGAGGCAGUGUACUCUACUGCCUGAGCUUACAGAUGCCCACUUUACUGAGCUGAAGCCCCCUCACGCUCUCACAAUGCUCAGAUUAAUCAAUUAAUAAGAAUAUCUCUCUGGUCACAGUUUGACUUAAACUUCAGUAAGAUGUCAUUUGGUGAAAAUAUUUGUUGCUUGGUGGUUUCAGAUUUCCACAAACUUGUAGCAGAACAAAAGUUUUCACACUUGAGAAUUCAGCUUUUAAAGAAAAACUAAACAUUUU